GCCCUCCUUUUGAACGACCCUCCCAUAAAAGGCGGGCACGUCAGACGCGUCGAGAAAAUGUCAACAACAUGCCGGAGACUUCCAGAGAAACAGAAACCGUGGAGAGAGGGAGGGACAGACAACAAAGAGACCAAGAACACCAGACAUCUCGCAACGUAGUGUCAGUGAUCUCUCAGUUAGCGGACGACAAUUUGACUCUUGUGCGGAACCUUAGCACUGGUCUGGCUGUUGCCGGUGUGAUUGUAAUCGCAAGGAGCAUCAGAGUGAUCACGAAAUUUCAAGCCGCUUCUGAGAUCCCAGUCCGUUUCAUUGAGGGGAACGUCAGCCUUCGAGGAAAAGUUCGUUCCAUCACAGAGAGAGGAAUAGAAGUGGAGCACGUCCCAAUUUAUCUGCCAAUCAUCUCUCCGUUACUGUCAAAGCACCGGGACGCGUCGACAUCUCCACUGCUGGUGCGUCUGGCUGGAGUGGAGCUGACGCCGGAGGGAAAGACGUGGCUGCAGAAGAACCUGGUUCCUCCUCAAACAGUUUGGCUGAAACUCAUCAGCCGAGAGGACAACAUGCUGCACUGUCUGGUGUCCCAGAGCCGGCAGGGGUUGAUGUGGAGCUACUGCAUGAACGAGGAGCUCCUCAGGCUCGGCCUGGCCCGCAGCGCUCCCAUCGCGGGGCUCCCGCCGGGCUCUCCCCUCUACUGGCGCCUGCACAAACGGCUGCACAGGGCAGAGAUUUCAGGUCCUGGUGCGAAAUGAAUCCAGCAUCUCUACAAAGUUCGCAACCAUCAGGCCUGAAGUGAAUAGACUACUGUGCUUGAUAAAACACAGUGAGUGUAUAAAAUGGCUCCUCAGAUCAUCUCUACAUGCUAAAAUGUCACACUUGACCUCGUGCAUCUUGGAUCCUGAUCCUCUCCACUCUUCCUCCAGACUCAAUGACUCUAAUUUCCACAUUAAAUGCAAAAUUGGCUUGAAUUGUGAAGAGGACUUUAGGCCAUUGAACAACAGGGCUGUCCUUUGUCUCGGAUUCAAGAUUGGUUUAAUAGAAGGAAUGCAACAGUCGCAGCCCAUUGUCCUGGACAAGUCAGCUUGAGUCCGUCUGUAGUUUUUGUGAAUCUCAGCCAAACUCUUGAAAGAGAUUCACUUUACAUUCCUUCAAAUGUUCUGGCUUUCCCUUUUGUUUGUGCACUUUCUCCUGUCAUUUUUAUUAACAGUCAGAUUUUGUGACUUACCCUCCUUGUAAGAGUGAAAGCGACUGUCUACUGGGAAACUGUCUGGUCAGCAGUUUUUUAAUUGAUUUAACAUUACAUUUGUGCUCCAAAAAUAAUUAUUUGUUAUUCUUCUGAAAUGUUUAAAUUUGACCUGUAAGUUUUAAAUGCAGUUAUGUAAAAGUAUUUUCAUUUUAUUAAUUAGAUUGCAAGACCAGCUCACAUUUACAUGUUAAUGGUAUGAAAUUUGAACUAACAAGGCUAAUAAAUAAAUAAAUAGAAAUACAAGUAAAUAAAUUAAAAAAGCGCUAGACAUUGGAAUUAAGCUGUAUUUAACUUUAAUACAC